AUGGACAGUCUCUCGCGCCUACAAGGUCUCCAUGCUGACCUUGUCGCCUUUACCGAAACGCGACUCGCCAACAUCGACCGUCUAUGGCAGGAACUAGAAGACAGCAUUCAGGAUUUCAGGAAACUGUUGGACAAGACCGCACCAACUGCUGCUGACCGAGAGUCCUAUAACAAUGGUGUGAUACAUUUUGGUCCUCCUGGUGACUCAACCACUGAUUCAUGUGCAGGGAAACUCAAUGUUAUCGACCAGGAAUACGCCGUCAACGAUGAAUUCAAGCAUAUCAGCCGGGCCAUUGCAACCACCCUUGACCUAGACGAAAUCGAGGCCGGAAGACUGCUCAUCCAGAGUCAGACCGAUAUCCACACCACAGAGGACACGUUUGUGAUGGAUGUGGUGAGCAAGUUUCAUAAUCGCAGAGACCUCCUGCUCCAAUCCCUCCGAAUUACCCUCCAACAGUCACUCAGUUUAGAGCCUGACGAUGGGGUCAGACGAGUCUUUGAGACCACUGUUGCCCGAGUUUUGGAGAUUGAUGGCGGUGUGUCCAAUAACGGGUCAAUUUACGCCAGGAAAUGCCUCAGCACAUUGGAGGAUAUUGAGAAGCUACAAGCCAAAGUGGCAGACGCACUUCAGAGUAAAGCACUCCUAGGUGGACCACGGGGGCCCGAGUUUUAUGCCACCCUUGAAUUUCAGCGAGACAGUCUAUUCAAACAGCAUGAAGCACUGGCUUGUAUUCUCGCGUAUUUGUUCCAAGGAGACUAUACCAACCAGGAAGAUCUGCGAAAGCUCCACGGUGUUCUGCCUCGCUGGAAUCGCCUCGAUCUUAAUCUCGUCCACUAUUUGCCCGCAUUUUCCGCAGCAUUUCGGCAAUACGGCUCUCCCGGGAGCCACCUUUCUCAAGAGAGCACUGCUUCCCUCGACUCUGUAUUUGGCUCACUGCCACAAGAUGCUUCCUCAGCGCCCAUCAGGCCAUUCCAGGCGGUGUUAAGUCUCUGGUGGACUGUUGAAUAUAGCGGGCAAUUCCGCGACCUGUCCGACCAGGACGCUGGUUCCGACAAACGAGCGAAUGCAGUCAAGGCAGCAUUGAAGGAGGAUGCCUUGGAAUUUAUGCUUGCAAUAUGUACAAGCACCAACUCAGAUGUCUGGCGACAUCCUGCCCGGCAGGAGCUGGUGGCUCUGCUUCUCAGCGACACUUCAAGUUUUGCGCUCGAAGGCGAGCAGACGUCAUCCUAUUUUCGGUUGCAAUUCAUGCAAUCCCUGGAGAAUUUCACAGAGGCAUUCAUUUCGAACAUGCCGGACUCAAUACGAAAACUCAGGACCGAAGAAGACGACCAAAGGUUGAAUCAGCUGACAGCGAUGCAAGAAGGCUUACCCCCUGCUAAUCAAGGUACAAGCGUGAGCAAGCUCCACCUGGAAUGCUUUCUCAUUCUCAUCUCGUUCGCCUUCGAAGGCAGACCUGAGGCUGCAGAGCAAUGGUGGGAAGACCCCGACAGUAACUUGUAUGGCUUCCUGCAGUGGGCAUCCCGCCGACAAACUGUACCAAGGGUGAGCGCUUUCUGCGAACUCUUAUGCUCGAUUUCAGAAGAGCAGGAGUGUGCGGAAGCUGCCCACAAGUUCUUGCUGGACGACUCACAGCCUGCGCCCACACGUGGUAGACGCAUUCCGUCCAUGAACUAUCAACAGAUCUUUGCCGAGUUGGAACUUUAUGCACAGAAAGUCCAUGAACGUCCUAUCACAUCCCAACUGCCCAAUGUGCGAAAGAUUCAGCCUACCGAUAUGAACGAGCUGGAGAGCCCUGUCAUGCUCUCGUGUUAUCUGCGCUUACUCGCUCAUCUCAGUCGACAGCCCGGUGGAACGCGUCAGUACAUUCUACAAACCGUCACCCCCGCCUUCCCGCAGGCUCUCCUGCUUCUCAGUUCCGGUCCGGUCCCGAGUUAUCUAAGAGCAAGUGUGUUUGCAGCAUUGGACGCGCUGCUGACUGACAAAACUGCUCAAACGGCGGGCGCCCUGUGGCAGAUCGUGGACGACUGGGCCGCAAACAGCCAUGACAGAGCCCGACCAAGCGCUAGCAAAACGAUAGCGCCCCCCAAGCCAACUCUACUCAACCUACAGAGCACCCUCAAUUCACUAGCGAUGUCAUUUGAUCAGUAUGACGCCUUUGUCGUAUUCCUCCGGGAUCUAGUCGCUCCGUUACCUUCCACAGGGCUCGGGAUGGAUUUGCUUCCAUUCCCCAAAGAUCUUGGAGCAUCAUACCGAGCCCCCGGAAUAACACCCUACAUCGACUUUGUAUGCGGACAAAUCUUUGCCAAGGCUCUCCCGGAAGUUACUGAUGAGCUCCAACGAUCAAUCGGCUCCUUUCAUUGUCUCGAGUUUGUGGCGGUGGGCCUCGAGGGAUUCAACGAAGACUACGUGGCGAUGCUUGACCGAACGACAAUCGCCAACGAUGCUCUUCAAGAAAUGCCUGAGGUGGCAUCGUAUGCUCAACGAAGUCCGUUUGCGAGAUUAAUGCAGUGGAUCCUUGGCAGCGAGAUGAACAAGCCAUUAAUGGAAACUCUGCGCGUGCCUGGAGAAGCUGUAGAGGCGGCUCUCCUGGACUCACCUUUGCUUCUCAGUCUACAACGUUCAAUCGACAUCAUCAACCGGGUGCUUGACCUGCAGCCCACCUUUUUUGACAUAGUGCGACCACUGGUCCAGUCUCACUCGGCACACGACGGCCCACUUGCUCGUCCCAAUCUGAACAGCCUAGAAGACAGUCUGGCUGCCAACCCGGAGAUUGUGCUCAGGCUUUGCCAAUUUUCUGCUACUGGGCAUUCGGAGCUCGCCCUUCGCGCUCUGGCUCUGCUGCAGAAGAUUUCCAGCUCUCCAAAGCUCAACAACCAUUUCCUGGCUAGCGAUCCGACCCUCGGGCGAACGCGGAGAAUUGUGGACAUGUUGGGCCCUGAUCCAGCCUUCGAACUCGAGCCAAUAGCAAGAAAUCUGUCUGCAAGGCUGCAAUUCGAGGUCCGAGAGCUUGAGGAAGGGUUUGGGUCGGUCAGCUAUCUUCUCAAAGACGGCAUUCUGGCGUUCUUCAACGCGUGCCUCGAAACGCAGCCCGACCUUCCAAACAUCGCGCACCUGCUGAUAGGCUUCGCGAGACUGGGCGAACGUUUGACCAUUUCUGACUCGAUCGAUGCAGCGACAGCCGUUUUCAACACCAUUGUCGAUUUAGCACAAAAUUAUCCCGAUGAUGAGGGUGGGAUCAUGUCAUCCUGGUUGAUACACAUGAAAGCAGCCGCUCUGCGUGUGCUGAGACACCUCUGGUCGUCUCCGAUAUCUAGAACAAUUGUUGUUGGGCAACUACGCCGGUUUCAAUUCUUACAAUCUUUGUACAUCAGCCUACCGGUCGUCAACCAACAAACUCUUUGGGACGGCAACAGUGUGCUUGCCCCGGCUUUCUGGUACACAACAUCAGCAGAAGCUCUUGCCGAGUUUCUCACAUUUCGGGCGUCUCUGUACAAUUACACUGUUAGUGAAAUACGAUCGGCGGCGAAAGAUGGGCUGUCGACAGUUCUACGACAGACCUUGUCAACUCUACAAGGCAAGACUACAAACGUGGACGGCAGUAUCAUCACUAACCCUGAUGUAUUUGCCCUUUUUGACUUCCUCGAGCUCGAUCUGUCCACCAAUCUAGAGUUGGACCCUCAAUUCUAUGUAGGAGUUGACUUCGAGGUCUAUUUAACAGACGUCGCAGAGGGUCAGUCCAGCGUCUACGAUAUCAAGAUGAUCCGCGAGUAUCUCCAUGCUUAUCGAGCCGACAUCAUCAAGAAUCAAGCCACGGCUCCCAGCAGUAGUAAAAUCGACGAGCAAUUUCUGAUUGACGAAGCCGAUGCCAUACUGGCCACAAUCGAAGCUCGAAAUAGGUCCAUCCUUGCCCAUAAAGCCAGAAGCGAUGCACUACACGAGUACAUUGAAAUGAUCAUCGCUAUCAUUGAAGCGUGUCCCAUGGAGCCGACAACCAAAGCGCAAUUUAUCUUACAAAUGCUCCAGGCCAUGCUGCCGAAGCUCGAUGUUUUUAUCGUCGAUGGCAGGGCUGAUGUGAUGGAACUGGCCCGAGCUGCUGACGCCUUACUCUUCUCCCUCUCCCAAACAGACCUUUCAAAUGCCCACAUGAAUAAUCUCAUCACAGAGAAGUUAUUCCAGCUCUUCCGCGCCUCAGUCGAAGGCAUCGCAGCAUCUAGCUCCAACACCAAUUUGAGGACGGUAUUCUACAGCAUUUGCUCACAGUACUUGAGUCGUAUCACGUCUUCGGCUGGUGGCGCCUCGGAUGCCGACGCCAAAGCUAGACGUAACAGUAUGGACUGUGUGCGAUCAGCGAGUCAACGGGUCGUGCAAAUCUUGUGUGAUGAUGCAGAAGAUGGAGUGGACGCCUGCAGGCUAAAUGCUUUGAAUCUUUUGUCGUUCCUUACUUCCCUGGCACGCUCAGAGAAGUCCAGCUUCGUGCUCAAUUCAUUCGUCAAUGCCAAUGUGCUCCAGAUCCUCGUCGAUCCCCUGAAGCACGUCGCGGCUGAGUUUCAGAGCUCGGAACCAGUUUAUCGCCGCUAUCUUCUCUCCGUCUUCGAAGCGCGCAUGUUUCUCCUUCUACAACUCUCACGCACCCGGGACGGCGCAGGAGCUCUCCUCGAUGCAGGCCUCAUGUCUGCCGUUCGCGACUCCAGUCUUUUCCGAGCGGAUCCCGAUCUCGGCAUCUCGAUUCCUUCUACUUCUGGCGACGCGCCCGAAUCCAACAACCAUGCUGCCGAUUCCGCUCUAUCCGCCCUCCGAACGUACUAUGUCCUCCUAACAUCGACCCUCCGCGUCCUUCUUUCCGCUUUCCUCUCCAGAGGUGCUCAAAAUGAGCAAAUUCAAUAUCUCGCCCGGUCCUUUCUGACGGAAUAUCGACCGAACAUGGUGGGUGUGUUCAAAAAGCACGCAGGCGUAAGUGGCAAAGUGGACCAGGUACUGAGGCCAUUGGUGGAGGAAUGUGUGCGGUGCUAUACCGGCCUGGCAGCAUUAUCAGGUUUUAUGGAUUUUGAAGAUCAGGCAGGACUAGAUCCUGGACGAGACGCUGGAUUCUCGUAA